GAAUCUGAGGACCUUAUUAAAAGAAGAAGAAGAAGACAGAAUAAGAAGAAAAAGAAAGAAUAACUCUUGCAUCAUUUUGUCUUCUGUUUACUCGCAGAUUUUUAACAAGUUCUGUCUUGCUUGUUCUUCAUUCAUGUUUUUGGUGGUUCUUCUGCUGCCUCGUCAGUGGUGUUCUGCUUGUUCUGCCGUCCAAGUGUGUGCUUUUCACUCAUUUACCUGCCUGAAGAUGAGCAGCAAGAGGAAAGGUUACGAGAGCACACAGAAGCCCAAUGGAGAUCUGUGCGAAUUUUUGCUCGAACUGGCUGACUACGAACGAAAUGUAAGUCGCAACAUUCACAAAUACAAUGCUUAUCGGAAUGCUGCGGCAGCCCUAGGAGAGUAUCCUACGCGCGUUAAAGAUGGCAACGAGGCUAAAAAGAUCAAAGGUAUUGGCACGAAGAUUGCGGACAAGAUUGAAGAAUUUCUGAAUACAGGGAAAUUAACGAAACUGGAGAAGAUUCGUGCGAGUGAGACCAACGUCGCUAUCAACUUGCUUAAUCGUGUGACGGGCAUUGGACCAGCCAAAGCACGGGAGCUCGUCGAUGAUGGGAUCCUUACCCUAGAGGACCUCAGGAAAAACCAAGACAAACUGAACCAUCACCAGAUUAUCGGGCUGAAGUAUUUUGAAGAUUUUGAAAAGCAAAUACCAAGAGAAGAAAUUGUAAGAAUUGAAGCUUUCAUAAGAAAGGAAAUAAAUGAGAUUGACUCAGAGUACAUCAUUACAAUCUGUGGGAGCUAUCGCCGAGGUGCUAAGAGCAGUGGUGACGUGGACGUUCUGCUGACUCACCCUGCCUACACCUCAGACACGCAGAAACGGCCAGAUCUGCUGAAGAAAGUCGUGAAUCAGCUUAAGGAGAGCCAGUUGAUCACCGAUACCUUGUCGUUAGGAGAUAUCAAGUUCAUGGGAGUGUGUCUGCUGGAGGAGGACCUCCCCCACAGACGUCUCGACAUUCGGUUGUUGCCGCACGACCAGUACUUUUGUGGUAUUCUGUACUUUACGGGUUCAGACAUCUUCAACAAAAACAUGCGGGCACAUGCGCUAGAGCAGGGUUUCACACUGAACGAGUACUGCAUUCGGCCCAUGGGCAGCACAGGUGUUGCCGGAGAGCCCCUGCCAGUGUCGAGCGAGCGAGACAUUUUCGACUACAUAGACUACGAGUACAAGGAACCCCAUGAAAGAAAUGUGUAGUGUGCUGGAGAAGCCAGAUAUUUAUGAAUGUGUAUAACUUGUGUUGUGGGACUGAUUUUUUUUUGUGGUAAAAUUUGUUGCGAUCUGCCUGUUGAUCUUAAUUUAUUUUUUCUUUCAUGUUCUUGACUCCAGCUAAUGCAAUCACUUUCAGUACAAAGAGAUUCUUUAAUGCAACUUUCAGGUAAAUUGUAUGAUUAGAGCAAUGAUGUUUAUUUAAUACCUGUACCAUAAUAGGAAGUAUUAUUGUGUAGUGUAUUUGAUAUUUAUUUUUUUAACAUGGAAUUUUUUUGUAUGAUCAUCCUGUGAGUAAAGUUUUAGAUGUGUUAUUACUAUUUUUCUUGGAAGGACUGUGUAUUUUUCAAUAAUGUUUGAGGAGACAUAACAUAUUUGACAGCAUAUAUGAUGUAAAUCCCCCCCUCCCCUCAAAAAAGAAAAAGAAAAAGAAAACAAUUGACCCUGGGUCUUAUAUCAAAAGGCGUAUAUACUUUUUAUUCUCUGAUAUCCUGCGAGAGUGUUCUAUAUGCAGUCAAAUAUUCUAAGUCAGAAAUAAAAUGCCUUAAAUGUAAAUAUAAUCUAGUAUUUAAAAGAUAUUCCUAAAAGAUCUGAAAAAGUAAAGGUUUUGAUCAAAGAGGGAUUAGCACUUGACAUUUUACUAGGUAAUUAUUUGGAAAAUAAAGAAAAACACAUUCA